AUGAACCAAUUAAAUCCUGGUCACUACGGCACCAAUUGUGAAGCGACGAGUGCACCUAGUUUAACAGUGUCCUCGCCGGGGCGGACCGCGCCCGCGCCUCUCACUACUCCGAACGCAGCGUACUCGUAUGAUGCGAUUCAUGCGACGAUAAGCGAAUGGUGUCGGUCGCGGUUCCUGCGCGCAGCAGUCAAUAAACAAAACGGCAAUCCAUUUGUGGCUCGAUCGGCCAUUACACACGACACACGCCCAUCAAUCGGAUCGCAUUCUCAUCUCCUAAAAGCAUCAGCGUGUAGUGAGCGCCCCGUCAAGCCCCAGCCCCGCCGUGUUGCCCCUAACUCAAAUGGCGUGCAACGGCCCCGGGGCAUCGUGGACGUGGAGCACGCGGCCGCGCGAGGCGGCGGCGGGUGCAGCGGGUGCGGCGGCGGGCACGACGGGCGCGCUCGGCCGCAGCGCGUCCGCCACGCUGCGCGCGCCCGCGCCCGCCGACCUCAACGUCGACGCCAUCAAGGAGAAACUUCUAGACCAUCGGAUCCCGGAGUCAUGCGUUUAGUUCCCUCUCUCUCGUAACUAGUCCUAAGCGCCGCCAUUUUUGCCGCCCGGCUGACGUUUGCAUCCGUAUUCCCUGCGGCGAGAAGACAGUUCUAGAAGAACGUUGAAUCAUUUUUGUACAGCGGAAAUCUAAUCGAAACCUAAGGAUUCGCUCUCGAUUAUCAAAGGUAAUUCUUGUCUUUAUCGAUUAUAAAUUUAAUCAGUUCGGGAACUGACUGUUGACUCCGUGAAAACCUUACGUUAUGAUUAUAAAUUCCGGGAGCGAUGUGGCCACCGUAGGACUAUAAGCGUCGCGCGCGACGUGUGAGGAUGCAACGCGGCCGCGGCGGCAUCAUUUCGUUGUACAUUUCUGGCGAAAUUGUCCUAUGUAAAUGUUGUAGUUAGGUAGAAUGUUUCCAGUGUAGUGUCCAUCACACGGAACUAUACUAUUUCAACGAUUAUUACAAGCGCGCAAGGAAUAUCCAAUUUCAUUUAUGUAUGAAUUAUAAAGGAUGCUUCGUUACUCGUAGAGGAAGCAUGUACACACUUGCACACCCUACUUGUUUUGCUGUAGGAAAUAAUAUUUUUAAUUACAGUAUUAAUGCAGUGACCUACUUUAACAUAUACUCUACAAUAGUCAAAAAGCCAUGUGACAAUAAUUUGUGAACUAACAUAGAAUAAUGUAAUUCACUGUCCGUGUAACAUUGGGCAUUCUUUGCGCGCGUCUCUGAGGUCGGACUACUGUAUCUUUCGUUUUGUUUUUAACAAAUUCUGUGAUGUACAUAGUAGCGAGUAAGCGACUGACUCUUUGCCACUUUUUUACAUGUCUACGAAGCUCUAGCUAACAAUUUACCAGUUAAUGAUUAAAUCAAUAGUUAAAUGGAUUUAUCGUUAUCUGUAUAAAUCGGAUAAAUUUAUGUAAAUAAUGUUUGUACUUGAUUCUUAAGGUUUAAAAUCGGCUUAAGGGAUGAUGGGUGAAUGAAGUAUUGGAACUAGCAGUCGAAGUCGAGAUAUGUUGAUUCGAUAAGAAUCUUGUGUGUAUAUCGAUAAGAUCCAAUUUCUCUUGUUACGAUUUCAACAGAGCAUACAUAAUGCUUGACUCCCGCCUGCGAAUUUUACGAAGAAUUUCGUAUAUUUAUUCGCUAAAACCUUAUCGUGCUAAUGUGACACGUCACACGAGUGCAAUAGCGGUUUUGUAGUUUGCUGCAAAUGCGCCGUCGUUUAGGAUUCUCUCACGUAAUUUCUAGACAUUUUAAUUUGGCCGAUUGCUGACACUUAGUGUUCUAAAACUUAAUGCUACAAAUAAAUGCUUUUACAUUAGUUUAAUCAAUUUUUAUUGUUACAAUUAAAAGAAAAAAAAAAACAUUAUUUAUCGCAGAGCGAACUUGAGAAAAAUUUGCAUCCAUUUAAAGGAGUUUUCAACUGAGGAUAAUGAAUAUUUUCCAAAACAAACUACCUCUAAAAAAAACUCCCAUACCAACCAACACGUUCUAAGUUACUAUAAUAGGCUCAAAAUUGUAAAUAUUUUUUCUUCCCAUGAUCCUUCAAGAAAAACUUUUGCCAGUCGAAUAUUUUCUCUAAAUGAUAUUAAUGGCAUAAAUUUCCACCUGAAUAAUAUAAUAAUAAUCUAUAAAGGUUGGUUUCGUGGUGGCUAUCAAGCCUGUGUGGACAAACGCAGCUGUAGCUCCAGCGUAAAACUUGAGACAAUCAAAAGCGAUUCGGUUACACGGCCGGAGCUAACAACAAGCGGCUAGUUUCCGGCAACACCUGUAACUUGCUAACUGGAUCGAGUCGCUUCUGAGCGAGUGGCCGGCUAGAAUUAAUUGAUACACACCCUCUCUACGUACUAGUAGUCUCUGUUUAAUUGCGGUUUGUUGGAGUGUAGUUACUUGGCGCAGUUUGUUUAGUUUAACGCCCGUGUUCAACUGCAGGUUAGUAUUAACUGUAACUAAACUUCGUGUUUUCCGUGUGGUCACACAGUGUGAAUUAAUGCAAUGUGUCACCACUUGUUUUCAUCGCAGGAGAACAAAGCGCGAUACGUUAUUAAUACAGCCAGGUGGGGCUGGACACGAAUAUUUGUUACACGAGAAUUGAAAAUAAAGCUCGAAGUCGCCUCCCUGUGAUAGAAAAGAUACGUUAAAUAAUGCACUGGUAUAUGGAAUGGUAUAAAUCACACAAUUAGAACUAUGAAAAAUCCUAAAAUACCAACCAAUGACGUUUUUAGUCAAAUGCGGCGAAAUUUUCUUAAAAAUGUAAAAGUGUGGUUUCAUUCUGAUCUACUCAUGUUCUGUCCAAGAAAAUUAUAUUUUAUUCGAGAUAUGUUUUAAUUAAACUAUUGUAUGAGACCCAAAUCUAUAGUUUUUAUAUAUCUAUUUAUGUUUUCAUACCAUAUAACAUAUAAACUCGACUUCGACUUCUGCUACAUACAAAGACUAGUGACAAAGAGCGGCCAUGAUGUCCUUGUAAAUAAUCUGUGUAUUUAUGGUAUGCGUGUGUUUAAUUUCGAAUGACAUUCACUCUUAAAGUGUAAUUAUUUAAUGUUUAUUUUUGUAUGGCCGCUCAGUUUUUAUUUCUAGGCACGAGACGCGUGACAGAGCGCAACCUGAGCAAUACAGUGAUCUCUUGAAACGUCACAUAUCCUAAAGAUAUCAGUAUUUGUAUCAUAUCAAUAUGUGAGAGCAAACAACGAUUGACGCUUUUACAUAUAUACCGACUUGUUUUAAAACUAGCUACUUUCCAAGGCUUUAUCACGGAAGUGCCCAUUAGAAAACUUAUGGGUCAGUUUUACCAUGUAUUUUAUAUCCAUCCAUUCUUCAAGAUUGUACUAUUUUUUUUCCAAGUUAAAAUAGGAGUAAUCUAUUCAGUAGAGAUGUCGACAUUGUAAGCGACUUCUUAUAAAGGAUCUCUCGAUUGUACGAAUUUGUUUUAUGAUGGACUCGACCGAUUCUGUUUACACCAACCAAUCUUUCAAUUGGACUAACACCUACUCAGUUAUAAAAUUACGCUGAAAUCCAUUCGCCCGUUUUAUUAUAAUGACGUAAGUAACAAACAUAUAAAAUAAAAAUAUAAAUUAUUUUUGGUUAUUUUUAGCUAAAAAUGAACACAUUAUUAAAAAUGUAUGGUAUUUUUAUCUCAAUUAACGUGCAAUAUAGUAAUUUACUCGAUCACGCUUAACGGCUGAACGGAUUUGAAUGAAAUUUCCACGAACAGAUCUACCAUAAUUAUUGUCAACCCAUCACCGUAAUUCAUGCGUGCAAAGCCACGGGAUUGUUUUGCUAAAUUAAAACAAGUCGGUGUAUAUAGUCGGAGCGAGCAUCGGACCUGCAUAUCACGGCGCGUGAUGCAGUGAGGCGCCGCGCAGCCGAGCACGUCAUCGCCGAUUAAUAAACGAUUCGUUUCUCAGUUUGAGUUAUGAACAGACUGAAUUUGUGAACUUGUAGAUAUUUAUUAAACUAGGUAAUUUAAUUUGUAAGUAUAAGAGGUGAUUUGUUAUUAUAAAGUUUAAAACAACUCAAAGAGUUCGCCCUACUGUUGACAUAAUUAUUUUGGACGAGAAUAAAGGUUGUCUUGGAAGUA